CGCUCUGCGUCCCAGGGUCCCUGCCCAGCAUCUCCUCCUCCCAGCCCAGCUCGGGGGACCUAACUAGCCCGGGGGGGCUGGAUCCCAGCAGGUGGAGCGGCCAGGUGAGCCCUGAAAGGUGGGGUUGGGCGGGGGCGCUCCGGGCCCCACCCCGGGAUCCGGUGACGCCGGGGCUGGAAUUUGACACCGGAUGGCGGCGGGCAUGAGGCUGCUGAGGGAUGGAGUUGGGCCCGGCCCCCAGACACAGCCCACGGGCUCCGCCAGCAGCAGGUCCCUCGGGCCCCAGCCCUCCCUGUGUCCCGGACCCAGAGCCCUGCACUGCGGUAAGCUGACCUGUUGGCCCACCCCGUCCCAGCCCUGGGGCCAGGGGGAGCGGGCAGGAUCAUUCCCCUCCACUCCUUUCUCACAUCCUCCCUCUCCUGAGCCGGAGGCACAGCUCUCCGCCCCUCCCAGCCCCCUCAGUCCCCCUGCCGCUGGUCGGACUGCACUAGCCCGCUGUAAUGUGAGGCUCCCGCUGCCGCUACAGGGCGCAGACUGGCUGCCAAGGCCACGCUUUGGCUAAAAGAGGCGCUGCCAGGUGCACCGCCCUGGGCAUGAGCCUUUUAAGCUUCGGGGGAAAGCCCAGCACUGGUCCCAGGAAAGGUGCCUAGAAGAACACAGAGGAGGACCCCUGUGGUGAGUAUUCAGCUGGCAGGCGGGGAAGCAAGGACUGGAGGACCAAGUGGCCCCCAGCCUUCCAGGAGGGAGACUGGGCCUGACCUGCCUUCACGAGACCUGCUCCUGAGCUCCCCCUAGCGCAGGGGGUUGCUGAGGCUGCCCGACCCAGCUUUCCCUCCAACAAUGAGAACAGUCACUAGCCUGGCCCCUCAAGGCCUGAUUCAUUUAGCAGAGCACACCUGGCCCUGGAGGCUCACACCGGGGAGGCCUGGGAGGUCUGGUCCACAGGUAUGCAGACAUUCUGCGUGCUAAGGGGUGGGUGGAGGUGGACGCUGACAACUGGGACCCAAGGGCAGACCAGCUCUAGGGCCCCAGGGGGGUGUCUGGGAAUGUCAACCAGGGUGGGUUCACCAAAGGGUUGGUGGGGCUCAGGAAGGCUGGCUCAUGGGGGAAACUUAGAGGAGCAGGACCAGGCUCCAGACCCACAGGAAGCUGGAAGGGGGCCAGACCUGGACCAACUCUCCAAGACCAGGUUGAAGUGGAGGCCUGGCUGGCCCUCCUGGGAGUUGCUCAGGCCUGAGUCUGUUUGAGCGCAGCCAAAAGCCCACCCCCCCUUUGAGUCUGCAGGCUGGGCAAUGCUGCCCCCUGGUGGCCACAGGGAGCCAUGCCCAGACCCUAUGUUAGAGGGCCCAUCAGCCCCCGUCAUCGUUGGGCUCCUGAGGGACAUCUGUGGUGAGAAAAGAGAACUCUGGCUGCUGGGGGUCCAGACAGAGCUCACAGAGGAGCAAGGCGCAGCAGCGCUGGGUGGGCCACACCGGCUGAGGCCGGGGCGUCGCUGACAUCAGACAGGUCAACAGCAAGUGCCUUAAAUCUUCUCUAGGCCGCAUCUUCCUCCUUUGUGACAUGGAGACAAAGCUCUCUGUAGGACCAAACGUGUCCAACUACUCCCUUCUCCAACUGCUCCUGGCAGCUCCAGCCCAGCAGCACAGGGCAGGAAGGUCCUGGGGAAAGACCCCUUGGGACGUUAGGCAGUGGCAGAGCUUCUCUGAGUCUAAUUUGCUCAGGUGGAAAAUGAGGAUUAUGCCGCCUACCUCAUGGAGUUGUGAGGACUGAAAGAGGGGCAAGUGCGAAGCACCCACACACAGUAAGGCUCUCAAUGCAGUUACUUCUCCUCCUGGGUUGAGUCCAGCUAUCCGAGCCCCGUGUACUUCGUCUGGAGACACUGAAGUGGAGGGAUGACCUCAAAGGAUAACUCACCUCUCAGUGUUCCAAGCUGCCUCAAGAGGAGGGUGGGGGGAACAGGUCAACUACGGCUGAUGGGCGCUCCUGGUAUUGACAGAGAUGGAGACUGGAUGUGGAAGCCCUCCUGUGCUGCCCCACUGGCCCCAGCCUAGGCGGCAGCCUGCCCUGUGGCCAACCCUGGCCGCUCUGGCCCUGCUGAGCAGCGUCGCCGAGGCCUCCCUGGGCCCCGCGCCCCGCAGCCCCGCCCCGCGCCUCGGCCCCGCUCCGGCCCCGGCCCCCUCCACCGGGCCACCUGCCGGGCUGGGCCUGGGCCACAGCUCCGACGAGCUGGUGCGUUUCCGCUUCUGCAGCGGCUCCUGCCGCCGCGCGCGCUCCCCGCACGACCUCAGCCUGGCCAGCCUGCUGGGCGCCGGGGCGCUGCGGCCGCCGCCGGGCUCGCGGCCGGUCAGCCAGCCGUGCUGCCGCCCCACGCGCUACGAGGCGGUCUCCUUCAUGGACGUCAACAGCACCUGGAGGACCGUGGACCGCCUGUCGGCCACUGCCUGCGGCUGCCUGGGCUGAGGCCUCGCUCCAGGGCUUGGCGGACUGCACCCUCGCCCGCGGCCCCUCGCACCCGGGGCCCUCCUGCGGGAGAGCCCCGGGGGGGAGCCGGGGGCCGCAGCAGGGCAAGUGAUGGCCCUGAGCCCUCGAGAGACGGAGGGACGACUGACCUGCCGCCCCAGGUCCUCGCCCUGCCGGUCCCAGCGCUGCAGACACCAGACACCUCCGGUGCGGAGAACUCAGGGUCCGCUUCUCACAGACUCUUGCACUGACUCAGCCACGGGCCCAGGACGACUCCUCUGGAGAACCCAGCACUGCCGGAGAUCCCAAGCCUUAGCCCAGGCCCUGGGGGCGUGCAAUCGGAGGAGACACACUGCGGUUGCCUUGCCCACCGGGCCUGUACUCACUCGUGGGAGCUGGACCCCUAUUUAUUAUUCCUAAGUUAUUUAUUUACAUCCGUGGUUUGUCGGAUCCUUUCCUGGGCAGUGGGACUGGAUGGGUAAGAGCAGCUGGAUGGGGAGGCUGCCCUGGCCAUCCCGCUCACU